AUGCGUGAGGAUGUGCGAAAAGUGUUCGAGGAAGCAGUGUUCCCCAUCGUCGACAACAUGGACAGUGAGGAGCCCACGCCACUCGAGGAGACCCAGCACUUUGCUUUGACCGUGCAUUUGGCCGCAGUGCAGCGAGCCAUCAACUGCGCUCACGUCUAUGGCGCUACGAGGAGGAGGGACAUCGAAAACCUGCGAUGGGAGAAGGGUGCGGUCCUUGAGGAGAACCUCCGACCAAACCUUGAUGAAAGCGAACAGCAGUACUUCCACAAGUACUGCAACCUCGUCGCCGAGUAUAUGGGCGGUGAGGGACUCGAUAUCACCGGAGACCUGAGCCAGCCCCCUGUCCACUACCGAGUUGACGUGCGAGCUAACGAGGAUAUCUACAUCAUGACCAGCCAGGGACCGGUCAACCUGAAGAAGGGCUCGGUGGCCUAUCUGCCCCGGGAGGAGAUCGAACCCUACGUGCGCGAGGGCAAGAUGGAGAUCAUUCGCCACACCUAA